CACACGUCGUCAUGGGUUCAAUCACCUGGUGUAUUUUUUCGCUGUCCCUGCUUAGUUUUGCAAGCCACGACACCAUAGCGCUCCAGCAUGCAACCACGCUGAAAAGCUUCGAUGAGCUACGCCUCGAGUGUUUGCAGUACCUCCCACCAAGCGAAUCAUCGUACAACGUUGAGGACUGUUCCGACCGAUGUCUGGGUCUGGUCGGACGCUUCUGGAACGACACCAUCGGCAGAUCAUCCAACUCGAUCGCUCGCUUCUAUCGGCCGGAUUCUUGCGAUCAGGACUACAUCAAUCGAACUCUGCAGUGCAUGUGUGAAACGGUUCAGACCCAGCCUCGGAAUGCCAGCUGUCAGAGGGCCAGUUGUACGAUGCAGUGCUACCAGGACCAGUUUGGGCAGCUGAAUAACCGAGAGCCGCUGUACGUCCCCUUCAACAAAUUUCUAGGUUUACGAAUCGUUGGACAGUGUGCACAGAUGCUGCAAAUUUCUGGUGUUAGAUUAGAUCAGAUCAUGGUUGAAGGGUUCGACAAAACGCCGGAAGGUCGAUGCCUUAUGCGAUGUUUUCUGAUCCGAGCUGGGCUGUACAGUGACCGUGGAGGGCCUGACAUAGAGCGUUUUUCAGUGCAGUGUGAAGGGUAUGGUCCCGAGUACAAGCAAUUGGUGACCAACUGCUAUGCGGAGUUGAAAUCGCAACAGCUCGACAGCUGUACGCUGGCCACGCGGAUGCUCUAUGAAUGCGUUCAGGCCAAUGAGUACAGUACGAGUAACAUUCUUGCCGUCUUCGAACCUUAUCUUGAAGGCACGAUUAACAUUAUGGAUAUUGCAGGUUCAAAUAUUAUGGUCGGUUUAGGUCCGUUUGUAGUAUAUUAUCCAAAUCUCGGGAGAUAA